AUGGGUAGUAGAUUCGGAUAUGAAUACCGUUACGGGUUCGAGUUGGUGGACUUGGAGCAGAUAAAUUCUAAGCACAAAUCAAAAAUUCUGAAUGGGAGGUGGAGCACGCCCUUUCUGUUUGAGAUCAGGACAAAGUUCGUUGUGGUGAAGAAGAAGAAAGAAGUUGAGGAGCGCGUGAUCGACUCGGAGAAAUUCGACUCCUACAUGGGGGAGACCGAAUGUUCGGUUGCCCUUAUGGCGCGUACAUUCGUCAGGCUGAACGAGUAUUGGAUGAGUGGGCCUGAGAUCCGCGCUUUUGCUUCCGAGGCCGAUGCCUUUGCCCGGGACAUGGCCAGAACCCGGGGGCCUGGGAUUGUCCCUGUAGCCGUGAACUUUCAGGUGCGCACGGUGCAGGCUCCGGGCGAGCCUGAUCGGGCCGUGAUGAAGAGGGCCAUCUGCGGGCGGAGGCUGGUGCCUCUCUACCUGUGGGACCUGCCGACUGUGGAGGGGCCCAAGAAGCCUUUGGACGAGCAUGUGAGGCAUGUGCUUUUUGACCUACCUCGGACAAGGAUCGAGAGAAUGGAGGAAGGGUGGCAUUUCAUAUUUAUGUGCGACUUAUGCAUGGAUAGGCUGUACGUGGGGGCACAGGUGACCAAGCUGCCCAACUGCGGCCACAGGUAUCAUUCGCACUGCCUCGUCAAGUGGUUGGAGGACAACUGCGUGUGCCCGUGCUGUCGUCACAUGGUCUAUUUUACAUGGAAGAAAGCCCCUGGGGUAGCUUAA